AUGAACAAUAUUGCUGCUAAAGUUGUGGUCUGCGUGAUCGGUCUUGUUGGAACCUUGGGAAUCCAUGGCCGCGCCAGAGCAGAUGGAUCAACAGCACUUCUGCUCGAGGCGCUGGAUAGCCCAACCCCGUAUAUUCUCCCAGGCACAGACUCUAUUCUGACCAGCACAUUCACCAAGUUCAAGCCCCUUGACUACAUCCUGCGCCUGCUUGUAUUAUUCUGGUGGGAGACGCUCGAUGGCUCUCAUCCAGACACUUCGGCCAUAGGCUUCUACUUCCUUGGACAGCUUUUGCCGUGCAUCGUCAUCGUUUACUUGGAUGCAUUGCGCGGGGAGAAGCCCAGUUUAGUAAAGCCUACACUCUGGCUUCUCCUCUUUCAGGUCGGCACCGUUGGGGCAACCGGCUUCAUUUGGGCCAUCGCGUAUAUCAUAUCAUCUCCGACUGUCCGGCUUAAGAUACCCGCAGACACCUUAAGGCGCUCUUCCAUGAUUCGUUCCCCAGUUUAUGUGCUGCUUCUAUUGCCUGCUCUCGCCCUCGGGUAUGGUAUUCCGGCGUUGUUCAUGUCGCUGCCGUCUUCAUCAACAUCAAACCCUCCGCUCCACUAUUCCUUCUUCGCCCUAUCCUACGGCAAAUACUGCCACGAUCUGUUCUCCGCGCAGCUCCUCCAAGCCCUAAUGGCAAAGGAGCUGCAACCACCCACCACCUUUAUGCAAUCCGAGUAA